GACGAAUAUUCACCCGCACAACUUGUCCAAUUUUUUACUUUCCUGAAUUUUAGCGUGCAUGGCUGAGACUCAUGCGAGUAGUAGCAACAGCGCGCCAGCCACUCGCCCGAGGCGCGUCCUCCCCUCUCGCGCCCGUCGUGGCGGCCCUGGCAUUGGCAGCUGCGACAUCGACGUGAUGAUCCUUGAUGCCCAGAAGCGCCGCUUCGAGAACGAGCCCCUCAUCCCUGCCAACACCUCCUUCAUCCUCACCACCAACUCUACUCUCGCCCCAACUGCCUCCUCCUCAAGGGACCCGGAUGUCGACGCGAGUUUCAAUACGCACGCGAACCAGCGCUAUUUUGAGCGCCCAGACGUCAUAAAGGCCUACCGCGCUCAGCAAGUCAUACAAACUCCAGAGUUCCGCGUGCUCUCCGAGGACGCCAGCGUCGGGAGUCGGUUCAGGCCCCGUGGCUCAGACGAUGACGCGGCGGACCUAUCGGAUGCAGCGUAUGAACGGCGACAUCGCAAGUACGAAGCCUUCGAGAAGCGCAUACGCCUUCGCGAGAAGGAGAAGCUGAAGCAUGAACAGUACAAGCUUCGCGAACGUAUAGACCAGCUCCGGUCUUUCGACCCCUCUGCCUUUCUGAAUCUUCCCGCUAGCUCUUUCUCGCCCAUGCCUGACAUGACAGCAAGACAUCCGGAGGACGAGGGGGAGCCUUUAUCUCAGGAGGACGUAGUCCAUGUGAACGGAACAACUUUUCCAAACGGCGAGGGAGAGCGUAGGAGGCAGGAGAUGCUCGAAGUUGCGAUGGGCCUCGAAGAGCGUUAUCGCACUCUCCUCCCUUCAGAGCGCAAGGCCGCCGAACAGCUAAGGAAGGCCGAGCUCGCGGCGCAUACACCCUCUCCCUUUGCACAAUUUUCCAACCACCCACCAGGGCAGCCCGCCAUCGCCACUCUGGAGCGCCGCUCGUCCUCUGGCCAGUCUCAGCAUCUUUUUUCGCAGACGCAGGUGGUGUCGCAGCAUGCCGCGCAGACACCGGCGGUACAGCCGGUCCCCACCACGCUCAUCCUCAAAAUUAAGGUCCCCCAGGCGCGCUCCUCGUCCGUCAGCACGACAGGAAAACAGGCACGCAAGUACUCCGUCGCCUCACCAUCACCCUCGCGCGAUUCUCCACUUGGCUCGGUCCCUCCUCCACAGGAGGAAUCAUCACCUACACCUGCGUUUACUCCUACUGUCGGCCGUCCUCUAAAGCGCAAGCGCGGUCCAAAGCCCAAGGCGAGACCAGAAGAGCCUGUGAUACUUAUCCACUCCCCACCGCCUAUCGCGGUCGAGGAUGACAAAUUAUUUCUUGAGCCUGCCAUACCCGAGGAAGUCGAGGAAGAGGUGGAAGAGUCGGUCAUGAUGGAAGAGGGAGAUGAAACAGAUCAAGACGAAGAAGACGAGCUGAUGGACGACAGCGACGACGAGAGGGAGGAUGGCCGGCGGCGCAAAAAGGAGCCGUCGCUCCUCAUGCAGGCGGCCAUACGAGCGUCGGCUGCCCCACAGGCGCGGAAAACGCAGAGGAAUGUCCUCGCGUUUGGGACGAAGGUGCCGCAGGAGCUCGAGGAGAUGCGCGACUUCGAGCUGCCUACGUGGCUGAUUGACGAGCGGCACUUGGCUGAUGAAGAGAUGCCUCCAUGAAGGUAGUUUUGGUAUUCCGAGUUUUUUCUCUCUAAACAUUUGGGGACCAUUUCUUCUUCUUUGCUGCCGAAUCUUUUCUCUCACUUGCAUGAAGCUUACGCAUUACGAACCUUACCAUCCUCGUAAUCUACGUCUGCACUCGUACCUUAGCCACGGCCAUGAUUAUUCGGUCGAGUGACUGUAUUGCUAAUAUUCUAUACCCAACCGCCAUUAAAUCUCUAAAACGGAACGAAACAUGGGCAGAAGGCUAAUUUAUACGCGAACAUUGGCAGCCCCGGCUGGGUUUGCGGCAGCAGCAUUUAUCAGCUCCAACGUCGCCUUCCGUCGCCCCAGGCCAACAUCACGGCUGCGUGCGAGGGAAAGACGGGCAAGUGCGAGCGGAUCACGCUUCUUGGUGGCGAGAGAAGCAGCGACAACCUUGUCAGGGAGGAAGCGGGAGUAUCGACCGCCGAACUGUUCCAUAAGCCGGCGCUUGCCCAUGUAGGGAAGCCCGUGGGUUUGCGUGAUACGGAGCGCAGGAGCAGCAGGGGGGGCCGGUGCAGCUUUAGCAGCAGGUGCUGGCUCGGACGCAGCAAGAGGUCGAGCGGGAGGGCCGGACGGAGCGAAGAGGGCGUCGAGGUUGGUCUCAAGCUGGAGACGCCUGACGGCACCGUCGGCCUGGGUUUCGGGCAGCAUAUCGAACUUGUUAACGUCCACGACCGAGGCUUGAUGCGACUCAUUUGUUGGAGCGGCUGUACGCGUCGGUUUGCGAUUGUCUCUGGACCGCUGUUUCUUCUGCUUGGGCUGACGAGGCUGUUGGUUCUGGUUCGACCGGCGCACGAGCAGUUCCCUGGGUGGGUGGACUUGACUAGGAUCAACGCUGGCACUGGCGGCUUCUAGCUGCUGCUGCCUGGCCUUGCGUGGAUUGUCUUUGCGUGUGUUCUUAUUGCGGGAGGAAAGGUUGAUAAUAUUGGACAGAUCAAGCGAGGGCUGGCCAGAAGCUUCUUCUGUGGGUUGAGAAGCGGGAGCAUGUUUAGGCUCAGCAGCUGCCUGCUGUGCAAGUUGCUGACGCCUGGCUGCUGCUUGUCUUUGAGCAAAGCUGGCAGGUUUGGAAGUCUGGGGAACCCAGUCGAGAGAGGGCGUGAACGGGGACGCGGGGGACGGCUUGAUACUGAAGCGAGUGUCAAUUUCUGCCCAUGUGCCGAGACGAGCCCCGGUGCGUCGCGGUGCAGGUGUCGGAGGAGCGUCUGCUUGCGGGCCCGACUGACCGGGAGCCGAAGACAUCCAGCGGGCGUCGGUGCGCCUCGCCGCCGAGCGGAGAAGACAUUUGACUGUCGUCGACCGCUGCAUGCCGGAAACAAA